AGAAAAAUAGUGUUCUUUCUAAGAGUAGGCGUGGAGAGCUUUUUGCGGGGAAACUUGCAAGUACAGUUUGGGGGGAGGCGGGCGUCGACCCUACCUUAUGAGUAUUCGGACUAUAACAGUUCCGAUGAACAGUCACUCACUUUUGACAGUUAUACGAUUCCAGAAGAUGAUCUAGAAUUGGGUCAAUCACGUUUAUUAGAAGUCGACAAUAGAGUGGUUCUACCAGCAAAGAGCCCUAUACGUUUUAUUGUAACAUCUGCUGAUGUACCUCAUAGUUGGGCUGUACCUUCCUUAGGUGUCAAAUGUGAUGCUGUACCGGGUCGUUUAAAUCAGACCUCUAUUUCGGUACAACGAGAAGGAGUUUACUAUGGUCAGUGCAGUGAGAUUUGUGGAACUAAUCAUGCCUUUAUGCCUAUCGUCGUAGAAGCUGUUCCUAGGAAAGAUUAUGGCUCUCGGGUAUCCAAUCAAUUAAUCCCACAAAGCCCCGACAAAGAGCCAGUACUGGUCCCCUCUCCCUUAUACUUAGAAAGCUCUGAGUCUUGGGGUGGCCCGGCGAGAAGGACCGAAAUUGAUCUCAACAAGCUCCCAAUUCCGGAUGCCGACACCUGUCGAGUAGAACUCGAGAGCAGGUUAAUGAACUCUCGUAGAGGUUCUUAUAUGGGGGAAGAUCUAACCUCUAUUGUGGACAAACACCUCGAGAUCGAAAAGGUUGUUUUUUCCGAACUUCUGCGCAAAGACUAUUCCCUAGAAUCGCUUGUUGCGAAGAGGAACGAGAUCCGGGAGUUACUCUUCUCCCCAUAUGGGAAGGCGCUUAGUGAAAAGACCCACGCUUUGCACCUAAGACAAAUUUUUCGGGAGGGUGCAGCACAAAGCCUUUGCUUUCAAAGGGUUGAACAGGCGCUCAAGAAAUACGAUCUAUUUUUGGACAAUGAAUUCUUCAUUUCUUAUUUAAAAAGUCUUUUCUAUUUUAAAAGAUGAAUUCUUCUUUUAGUGGGGGAGCCAUAUGAGGCGGAAGCUUAAGCGGAAAUGAAAGAGGAGGUUGAGGGAAGCCACUAAAUUGAGGGCUUCGCUCGCUCGCUCUAACGCUCGUUUAGUAGACAGCGAGUGGAGUGCAUAAGCCCCUUUAGAGAUAGGGGUGAGCACUACACGAGCUCGUAAGUAAAGUACGGAACGAGCCUUGUCUACGAAGCAGAGCGACCUCAUAUUGCUUGCUUCUGGCGAAGCUUCUAGCUCUAAAUAAUAGGAAUUCUGGUAUGGCAGGAAUACUGUCGACCAUUACGAGCGAUAGCGAAGCCAAGCCGUAUAAAGGCGAGCAGCCCUUAUAGCAAUAGCAAACGGCCUACUUAUAGCCUAU